AUGUGUGUAAGUUUAGGUUUCAAUACUGUUUCUUAUGAUACAGUAAAAGUUUGGUUUCGAAAGUUUAAUAGUGGAAAUUUCAACAUUGAAGAUGAACCACGUUCUGGCCGCCCUAUUGAGAUUGAUUGUGACCAAUUAAAGCAAAUUAUUGAUCAAGACAGAAAUGUUUCAACACGAACCAUUGCGUUAGAGCUUGACGUUUGCCAAAAAACAAUAGUAAAUGCCCUCAAACGCAUAAAUUUAACAUUUAAGUUUAACCGCUGGGUGCCUCACGAAUUGACUGCUGAAGACAAGAGCAAAAGAAAAGCGGCCUGUUUGGUUCUGCUCAGAGAUCAAAGGAAAGAGAACAUUCUGGACAGAAUUGUGACCUGUGAUGAAAAAUGGGUAUACUACAACAAUACUAGACGUAAAGGAGGGUGGUCAGCACCCGGGGAAUCAGCAGGUUCGGUUGCAAGACGAACGCUAACUAACAAGAAGGUCCUUCUCUGUAUCUGGUGGGAUUGUCGUGGAAUUAUCUACAAGGAGUACCUGAAAAGCGGGCAGGCUAUCAACAGUACAAUAUACAGCAAUAUGCUAAUCAAAGUUAGCGAUGCCAUUCACGAAAAACGAAAAAACGAGUUCAGAAGGAAGGUGGUUCUCUUUCAUCAAGAUAACUCCCGGCCACAUGUCAGUGCAAUGACCGGCUGGACCCUCAACACACUGGAGUGGGAUUUGAUGCAACAUCCACCAUACAGUCCAGACAUGGCACCUUCAGAUUACUCUCUGUUUUCACAUUUGCAGCUGCAUCUUGAUGGCACAAUCUUCCGUUCAAAUGACGAGGUCAUAAAUGAGGUUGAUCGCUUUCUGGACUCGCGCACCUCCCAGUUCUUCGCAGAAGGGAUUGAAAAGUUGCCAAAACGUUGGCAGACUAUUGUUGAUUUGAAUGGAGAUUACUAUCCUCAUUAA